GGGGCGUGGAAGAGAUGGGCUGUUCUUGAAGUGAAUGGAGUUGAAAGCAGCAGAGUCUGAGUGCGUUGAGACUCGAUCUCUCACGAGCAUCUCUGGUGGAGGAUUGGGACGACGAGGCUUGAGACAGGGACGUGCUUCCCACCUUCCCAUGCGCACGCGGCCCUACACGCGAGCAAUGAGGUAAACAAUUACCAUCUGUCUCUCUCUAUCUCUCUCUCUCUUACACUGUUCUAUUAUUUCUCUUUGCACCACCCUAUGGCAACAACGAAAGAACGUCCCACCAGUAAACUAUUCCAUGUACACCCCAUCCGCAUCUCUCUCUCUCUCUCUCUCUCUCUCUGUGUCACACACACACAUACGAUUGGAAGAUAUGGCCUCGCUUUCUCCUCUCAGUGAGUGGCCAGGUUUUCUUAAUUACUACCACUUGGCUGCUGCUUCUGUGUAGACCGAAAGAAGAGGAAAAGGGCAAACUCCCGUUUCUGCCCUCCUCUGUGUGAGAAGAUCGGCGUGGAAUUCUGUUUUAGGUAGUAGAUGUUGAAGGUUCUUCUUGCCUCCUUCCUUGUCCAUCAUGUAGACCAAACCCAAUUCCCUCAUCCCUCUCCCUCGCCUCUUCCGGUGGAUGACAUACAAACUGACUCCGAGCUGCUUCCUCUUGCUCCCACCUUCCUCGUCAAUCUUCUCCAAAGAAGAAGCUUCUCUCAGUUUGCGUCCCUUCUAGUAUGGUGUACAGAUGAGUGGAAGAGAUAGAAGCAGCAGCAGGAAAAGAGGAGUCGAAGGAGAGAGAGACUUUCCUUCGUCUUCUCCAAAGAAGAAGCUUCUCUCAAGUUUGCGUCUCUUCUAGUAUAGUAUACAGAGAAGAGGAAGAUAUAGAAGGAAAAGGGAGAUAGAGAGAGAGAGAGAGGGAAAGAGAUAAUUUGUUAAAUCUUCAGAAGCUUUUCUCAGUUUGCCUCUCUUCUAGUUUAUUGUACACAGAAGUGGAACGCAUAAAAGCAGCAGGAAGAGAGAGAGAGAGAGAGAGAGAGAGAGAGAGUUGUAGGUUGGAAGAUCUGGUGCUUUAAGCUGACAAGAUGUCGAACCCCUGGUGGGCGGGGAACCUGGGCCUUCCCAGAGUUGAACCGGCGUCCUCCGGUCGCAAAAAGCUGGAGGACGAGAUGCAGCCCAAGGGAACCGAGCCCUUCGGCUCCCGAGCAGACGACGAGGACGACCGCGACAACAACGACGACCCCAAAGAGGGGGCGGUGGAGGUCGGCAGCCGCCGCCCCCGCGGGCGCCCCCCUGGAUCAAAGAACAAGCCGAAGCCGCCGAUCUUCAUCACCCGCGACAGCCCCAACGCGCUCCGCAGCCACGUGAUGGAGGUGGCCGCCGGGGCCGACGUAGCCGACUGCAUCGCGCAGUUCGCGCGCCGCCGGCAGUGCGGCGUCAGCGUGCUCAGCGGCGCCGGUGCAGUCGCCAACGUCACGCUCCGCCAGCCCGCCGCACCCGGCUCCGUCGUCGCCCUGCAUGGCCGCUUCGAGAUCCUGUCGCUCACCGGCACGUUCCUGCCGGGUCCAGCCCCGCCGGGGACCAGCGGCCUGGCCGUCUACCUCGCCGGCGGUCAGGGCCAGGUGGUCGGCGGCACCGUCGUGGGGUCGCUCAUCGCGACGGGGCCUGUCAUGGUGGUCGCCGCCACGUUCGCUACCGCUACCUACGAGAGGCUGCCACUCGAGGAGGAAGACGAAGCCGCAGGCGCCAACGCCGGAUUGCCGAGCUCACUCACGGGUGGGUUGCCCGAUCCAUCGUUGCUCAACAUGUACAGCUUGCCGCCGAAUCUAAUGCCCAACGGCGGGCAGCUCGGCCACGACGCGCUCGCGUGGGCUCAUGCGCGCCCCCCGCCAUACUAGUUUAGCAGGAGGACGACGAAAGAGAAGCUUCUCUUUGCUUCCAUGGUGUAUGACAGUAUUCCUUGGAGCUUUUGGCUUCUGUUUCCUCGGAUGUGGUGGCGUGCAACGAUGGUGUUGGUGUCAGCUUAGAUGCCCUUAUUAGCUUAGCAUAGCCUACAAUUACGUUGUACCAUAGCUAAUAAGCAGGAGAGAUUGGGAAAGCUGGAAGAACAGCUGCUGCUGCUGCUGCUUCAAGGUCUGUCUCGAGCAACUCUUUGAUUAAGCUAUGAAACCAUGGUGGAUGCCACCAUUGUAUAGUUUGAUAUGCAAAACAGGAAUCACUUGAGAACUACUGUUGAGUAUUGCAUGUUGUGUUCUACAUAUAUUAUUACUCUUCACUGA